AUGAGUGUAGGCGUAUGUAAUUCACCAAAGUUUGAAAUGCCAAACGAAUCUUCUUAUUUUGGCAAUAUACACCAUAUGCCAGGUUCAUACAUACCAACGCCAGCUGCUGAAAGUGCUUGUUCGCCCGGUUACUUCGACCUUAAUCCAAAAAGAAAUUCUACUGCCCAAACCCCAUAUUUUGACACUGUAAAACCUAAUUCGCCAGGUCAAACUCCUUUCUUUGAUUGCGAAACUAUGACCUCACCUUUCUUUGAACACUUACAAAUACAACACGAACAAGAAACAUCAACGUCCUCGUCAAUGAAUUCAAGUCCACAAACCCCAGGAUUUUCUAUAAAAUUACCCCCAAAUUCUUUUCACAGUGGGAUGGUUACUCCUACUUGGGUUUCAAACGGCACGUUCCGUAUGUCAUCAUCAAAAGUUCAAAGAACAACUUCAAUGAAACGUCCCUCGAUGUCUAGCUUAACCCCUAUAUCUUCCCUUGCCUUUGAAACUUUUACCGUCGAUUUACUCGCUGAUUUGGUAAAAAGUCGCGAGUCUAAUUCUCAAAAUAAAAGCGAUUUCUUAGUAUUAUUAUUGGAUUUAAGGUCUUUUUCGAAUUUCACAGCCGAUCGAAUAAAGACCGCACUGAAUAUUUGUAUCCCAAGUACGCUAUUAAAGCGUUGUUCCUUUUCCCCCGAGAAAAUAAUGGAAACAUUGGUCUCUGAUUAUGACAAAGACGUUUUCAAAGAUUGGUCAAAAUACCAGAACAUUGUAUUGUACGAUAACGAUUUGGAUAUAAUAUCCGAAAAUUGUCCAAUUUUUCAUGUUUGUAAAAAAUUUAAAAAGGAAAACUGCAGCGCUAAGAUUGGUUGGUUGAAAGGCGGUUUUCGCGCUUUUUCGGCAAAAUACCCGGAGCUAUGUGAACAAGCUAUAACAAUCACCAAUCAAAAUCCGCCAACUACUUUACCACGUCGUAGAGGCCUAAAUGAAACAUCACGGAGGCUGGGACCAUUUACAUGUCCAACACCAAUUAUCGAAGUUGCUGGUGUGAAUCCAUUUUUUUCUAAUAUUCGGCAAAAUUAUGAAUUAAGCGUCGGUAUCACUGAAACAAUACCUAUCCGUGUACCUGAUGGAAUCGCUGUUGAUCGAACAAGAGUUCCCGAAUUUAUGGUUAAUUUAAUAUAUGGCGAUGACGGCCGAAAAAAAGUAGCUCAAAAAUUCCAUGAUAUUGAAUUGACGGAACAAAAACGAUUACAUUCUUUAAUGUUACUAAAUGCAAAUCAAGUAACUGCCGAUUGUCCAUUCAGCAUUACCGCAGGGAUGGAAAAAGGUGCCAAAAAUCGAUACAACAAUAUUUGGCCAUAUGAUCAUGCUCGUGUUAAAUUAAAUCAACCCGGAGAAGGUGGUUGUGAUUAUGUGAAUGCAAGUUUCAUACAAGCUAAAGGCUGUGAUACUCGGUAUAUUGCAACACAAGGUCCUUUACCCGCAACCUAUGACGACUUUUGGCGUGUCAUCUGGGAACAAAACUCUCGAGUGAUCGUGAUGCUGACUAAAGAAGAGGAAGCGGGCAGAAUUCAAUGUCAUCGAUAUUGGUCUCAAUGUACAAAAUCACCAUGCAUGUUUGGCUCUAUGAGCUGCAUUCUAAUUUCAGAAACCAAUCCAUGGGUCACUGCGGAUGGUAAACUUGAUACCACAAUAAUAAUUCGCAAAUUUCAUCUCCAAAAUACAACAGAGCCAUCCGCACCACCCAGGGAAAUUACGCAGAUACAUUUUCUUGGAUGGCCUGAUUUUGGCAUUCCAGAAUCACCAUGUCAGCUUCUUAAACUAAUAGAUACUGCUAAUGAAAUCCAGUCUCGAGCUGCUCAAUCAUCAUCGUUACAAGCAAUCGGUCCAAUGAUUGUUCAUUGUUCGGCUGGCUGCGGGCGAACAGGAGCAUUUUGUACAAUCGAUACAGUUCUAAAGCAAUUGAAAAGCGCCAAAACGACAGGUCAAAACAUCGAUCUUUCCGUCGAUAUAAUAAAAGCUACGGUGGAAAGUUUUCGAGAGCAACGAUUAAGCAUGGUUCAGACACUGAGACAGUUUGCCUUUUGUUAUGAGGCUGUGUUAUGGAAACUUCUUGGUGCAGCAUAA